CAAGCUCUAGCCCCGUGCAAGGGGGGGAGGGCGUGUGCAGGGCCGUGCGCAUGCGCGCUGGUUGAGUGGGGGAGGCCACUGGCCGGUCAAACUUUUGCCAUGGCGGGCCAUGGUGGGGCCGAGACGGUGCUGUUUAAACGCGGCGCCGGGCAGAGCGACGAUUCGGACGUCUGGGAUGACACGGCGCUGAUCAAGGCGUACGAUAGAGCGGUGGCGUCAUUUAAGAAUGCUCUAAAGAAUGGUGAGUGUUCGGAGCCUUUGGACAAACAAGAACAAUGCUCAGGAACAAAGAGAAAAAAUAACAAAAAGAGCAGAAGUAGGAAGAAAAGCAACGCAGCACCGUUGAAGCAGUGGAGAGUUGGUGAUGCCUGUAGUGCAGUUUGGUCUGAGGAUGGCAAUGUGUACCUCGCAACUAUUGCCUCAAUCGAUCAGAAGAGAGGGACCUGUGUUGCUGUUUACACUGGGUACGGAAAUAGGGAAGAGCACAAUCUAUCUGAUCUGCUUCUUCCGAACACCGUUGAAAAAGAAAACGAGGAGCAGAAUGCCGAGGAGAAUGAAAAUGAAACUCAGUAUUCAACAGAUGAAAGUGAAAAGUCCUCCCAGUCACCUGGAAACAAAUACAACUCUACAAAAUUAAAAUCCUCUCACUGGAACUCCCAUUUUCCACCUCCACCACCACCAGGCCUGGGAAGGCCUGGACCAAAAUUUAGUGGACCACCACCCUUCUUAUCAAGCUGCCCCCCACCAUUCCCAACAGGACCACCGUUGAUUCCUCCUCCACCACCCAUGGGUCCAGAUUCUCCUGAAGAUGAGGAAGCUUUGGGAAGUAUGUUAAUAGCCUGGUAUAUGAGUGGUUAUCACACCGGCUACUAUCUGGGUUUAAAACAGAGCCGAAUGGAAGCUGCCUUGGAGAGAUGUCCUCACCCUAAAUAAUUGAAUAUCACUUACUAUCUUGAGCAAUUGAGAUUAAACUUAAUCAGAAACCAGAGAUGCUACAUAUUACCUGUCCAGCUCAUCUGAUUAAUACUGCGCUGUCAGCAGCUACUGCUACAGAAGAAACGAAAGAUGUGAAAUUUUGCAUCACUGGAUUCAGGGCCAUUUUCAAGCAUGCAAACAGACUGAAGGCUUUGUUUAACACAGUGCGAGUUGAGUGCAGAGCCAACUGCCAAUUAACUACCCCGUGUUGUGCCACAUUGGUGAUCUUGUAUUUCGCUGUUUGUUAUGUAAAUAACACAUGGACUGUGCUAAUGUCUCUCCUAGAUUAUCCUGAGUUUGUUGGUUCUAAAGCAGAAACUCUGAAGAGACUGGCAAAUAACCAAAGUAAGUGCUAGAUUCUGUGCACCAAGGUAAUAUUCAUUGUUGAAAACUUGGGAGUCAGUCACUGUGUGACACACAGAAAACACUCAAAUUUUCUCCAACUAGUGCCAACACAUUUGCCAAUACAGAUAUUUACUGGAUCCUGAGAACCAAAAUCUCAGCUGAACUGAGCACAAAAGCUGCAGGAGAAACAUACGGCAAGAAAACCCAGCUGUUUCUGGAAAUCCUUCCCACCCUGGAACACAAGAAAACCAAACAAGCACUCAAAAUCUUCAACACAACACAGCCAGAAAUAGGAGAUGACCAUGGCCUAUAAUCUGAACCCAAAAAUGUUUGGUGCCAAAGAUUCUUUUUGGAAUGUCAUCCAGAUAUUGCACCCCUUCCUCAAGAUGAAUUUUGCAGCAGACUAUGACUGUUAUGCCAGAGUAUUUCAACCAUUUGCUACUAAAGAUAAAAUUUCAAAUCUGAAAGGGGCAUUUACUAAUUCCAUGAACUUGCCUAACCCUGACAAUACAAAACUGGAUGUUCUGGCUUUUUAGAACAUCAAGACACACUUCCCAACUUCAGCAAAGUGGCACAGCAAGCUAUGAGUGUAUCCCCUGGAUCUACUGAUGCAGAGUGCAUAUUUUCACAGUUGGACUAAUUCCAUGACAGCAAGAGGCUCAACAUGAAUGAGGAUACUUUGAAGAAAAUUAUGCAAACAUACGCAAACCAGGAUUUCUGGAAAAGCUACAAACUCAGAGAGACAAAAUAUAUCUUUGUAUACACACAAGAAGUUUCAAUUAUACUGUAGUAAAAUAUGUAUAUUACAAGUUUUUUUGUUUUUCUUUUUCCUCUCCUCCUCCUCCCCUGCAUU